AUGAACCAUGGUGUCAAGGUUGUGAAACUCAUAAGCUGGCCUUCAUUGAAUCGGGAAAAUGGUGAAACGGGAUGUAUAACUCCACCAUCUUCACAAAAUUGUCGGGAUGCCAAGCAUGAUGAAAGAAAAACAGUGUCGUCUAUCGUGGAUAAAGGUUUGAGCUUCUCCAGCGAACGAUUAGGAAACCAGUGCAAAUUGAUUCACCAGGAGCAAGAUGUCGGCGAAGGAGGGAAAGUGAGCACGCCGGUGACUACUCCACGAUGUUGGACUUCUGGAUGCGGUGUGAAAUGUAACGGGCCAGUUACACGAAAAACCUGUUGUUUGAUUGAUGGUGGACCGCCGUGCACACAAUUUGAGGCUUGCCCAAUCGUUGAAACUAGUCUUUGUGGCAGUUCACCGGACUCAUCAGGCAAACAGAACCAACCUGCUCCAUCCGAGCAGUCAUGCAAUGAGCUUGAUGCUCAUGAGUCUUCCUUACCGGAGGCUGAUAGCAACACAUCGAAUUGUGGAACACAGGCUGAAUCGCGAUCAACGUUUAAGUGCCAGUUUUGUACUAGUGAAUUCAAGCAGAAGAUUCACCUUCAGAAACAUAUGAUGUCUGUGCAUUUGGAACAGAAACCAUACAAGUGUGACACCUACGUUCUCGCGGCUUGGCUCCUGCGAUCAUCAUCUUUCGACGUUUGGGCCUACUCUCCAACCGGUCGCCUCCACUGCGAUGCACCUGGCCCUCAGUUGCAUACAGGCGUGGUCUAUGCACCUACAUUGGUGGACCUGUAUAUUCAGAAAAUGGGCCUCGUCUACAUCCAUUUGGAGGGCACUGGUACUGAAGAUCCAGGACUUCUAGUCGUCCGCAAAAACCACACACGGAAUUGCGACAUAUAUAUCGAUGUAUAUCAGAAACAACAGUGGUACAAAACACAGCCUUGGGGAACUCCAAUGGAGAUCGGCCCUGGAGAAAAGAAGGUCAAGUCUCUUUCCGUUCAGAAUGAUCUGUCCGACGGGAACGCCUUCAUCCAGUGUAAAAUUCUCCCUUGA